GUCUGUGCCUGUCUGUAAUUCCAAGACAGCUACUCCGUACAUUACAUCCACACUUACUCCAUACAGCGUAAGCAACCGCCCAGCCAGCGGCUAACGCAUCGUUCCCAUCCGCCUUCCUCCACUUCUUCUUUUCUUCUUCUUCUCCCUUUCCAACCUCAUCGUCCAACUCGUUCCUUUUCUCGUUUCCUCGGUGGACGACAUCCCCUAAUUUUUCUCUUCUUUUUCUGAUUCAAUUCACUCGUUAUCUUGUUUCUUGCCUCCUGACUCGCUCCCCCCCCCUUUUUUUUUUUUUUUUUUUUUUCUUUCGCGUCACUCAUUUCGCAUUCACUCCUGUCGACAACACCAAUUCAGGAGCCAGCCACAGUUGCAAUCCUUUCGCGGUUUAUACCAGAGAUAACAGACAGGCCAAAGGGGAGAGAAGGAUAUCUCAAGUGUCAUCAUGUCCGGUUAGCUUGUGGGGUGCUAUUCUCGUCGAUUCGAUUCCCCCUGGGUCAACAUCAAAUCGGUCUCGAAAAGCUUUUGUCCCUCGUUUUAUUUGCUUCGCUUUGUUUUUUGAGAGAAAACGACGUCGCAAAUCCAUCUGGAAUUCCGCAAAUACCGAAGACGCUCGCUUGAGUCCUAGUCCUACACAUAUAUUCUCGCCAUGGCUGGCAAUUGCAUUUCCCUAAAGGGUUCGAAGGCUUGUCCUGCCUUUUCCAAUGCUGCCAUCUUGACGAGCCCUGAAAAUCUGGUCAAAUUUUCUUUUCUCUCAUUCGUUUCCAAUACACAAGAGUUCGAUGAGCACCUGUUCUCAUACUCUAAUAGCGAAUAUGUCAAAAUGAAAUACCAGCAGGUUAUUGGUUGUUCCGAUAUCAACCUUAGCGAUACCUCUUCGCUCUAUGCCCGAUAUACACUCAGCGUAAUUUGUAAUGGAAUUGUUCAGAGCUCAGCGGCAUGUGGAAACUCCCCACCUCUCUGUGCAGAGUCCUGUGCACAAUAUGCUACUAGUGAACAACUAAUAGCUGUCAACCCAGAGCUCUGCGGAACUCCGAGAGAUGGAUACAUGGAUCAGAUCAGGGCUGAUUUUACGGUCUGUUCGAACCCGAAGGAUGCGCUAACCGAUACUUGCAUCUCUGGCGACGAAAAUGAGCCAAAUGAAUGCGGUUUUGCUCAAAACAUAUUAGGCCUCUGUAGCUUUUGCAAAGGAAGCACCACCAACUCAACAGACUCUUGUUGUCUCGCCGCAGAUGUCGAGAACCGCUGCGAGGGACUCACUCUUCCAUCCGUCGGGCCCCUCCCUCCUCUUUUUCCCUCUCCAACAUCUUCACCACAUCCGUCGGAUCCAGCAGCCGUGUCGGGUAAUGGGCUUUCUGGUGGUCAAAUUGCUGGGGCCGUUGUGGGAUCUGUUGCAGGAUUUGCUAUAUUGGCUGCUCUUGGAGCCCUGCUCUUUAUAUGUUUGAGACGCAGGCGCGAGCAAACUCGGGCACCCGUCCUGAACCAACCCUCACCACCGCGAAGUAGUAGGACACCAAUGCAAUAUGCCCCUGGAAGUCGGAACGGUGCAUAUGAGGUCCUCCCAGGUAGUCGUGUGGCUAGGAUGUCGGCACUACAAGCAAGCAGUCAUGAUGGAUCUCCGCCCCGUACUGCUGGCGGAAUUGCAGCAGUAACCCCUAGUCUUGCCAAGUAUCACGAUUCGUCCGAUUCUGACGCAUACGGGGAGAGCCCAGCACGGUCUAAGCGUGGUCCACCUGUUACGGGCAAGAGAAAUGGGUCUCUUUCAAGUGCAUCUGUCCUAGCGGGGAACAGUGAAACGGCUUCGCCAAGAUCGGGGAGUGGUGGCCAUUAUUCCUCACCCGAAGGGAUGGCCAGUGGCCAAUCUGAGCAACUACCCUACUUCAGAGAUUACUACUCUCAGGAUGAUAUCCACCCGAAUGACAAGGUUACCGUGCUGUGGGCGUAUCAACCUCGUGCAGGUGAUGAGUUUGAGCUGGAUAGGGGCGACAUGCUUAAGGUCGUGGGAAUAUGGGAUGAUGGAUGGGCAACUGGUGUUAAGCUAAACGAAAGGGCUGAGGAUUAUGAAAUAAGCCACAACCCACAGCGUGAUAGCGGCGUUUCUAACGGCUCAGGCAGAAGAGGAUCGUCUCCUCCACCAACAGGUGAAAUCAAGGCAUUCCCACUUGUGUGCGUCUGCCUACCUGAACAUUGGAGGAAAACUAUCGACGGUGAUCUCUCAGCCGAGACUCACGGCGAUUCUUUUAACCCUUAGCCGCUCCCGUAUUUUCUGGUGACACCACCCUGUCUCACGGUCCUCAUUCAUGUCUUGACGAUUGCGCCUUAUUCCAUUUCUCUUCCAACUUUUCUGCUUUCUACUUUUCUGGCGUUUAUUCAGAGGGCGGUUGAAUUGGUUCUCCAGUUGUUACUCCAUUGCGCGAAUCGUGUCAACAUCGCAAAUGGGCGGUAUACACAUAUAUCUCUUACGCGUUUCCGUUCCCUUACAUUCUAACGUACCCGGCCCAAAUAGAAGACCCCACGCUGCUGCGCUGCCUGCUCCCCCAUGCCAAGGGCCCUUUUAAUUCCCCUCCUUCAUGAUUUACCUCUACAUCUUUGUUUAUAUAUGUCCGCAAGACGUUUUAUAUCCACGGGCUGCAAGCUCUUCCAUUGUCUUUCUUCCUUUGUUUCUCAUUUUUCUCCCUCUGAUCGUACCGAUCUAAGUUUUUAUUUUAGUGUUUACUCUCCAGUUUUUCCUCCACACUCUUUCGUUCGAACUCGGGUACACAAUAUACCUUUUCCCAAUAUUUCAACCUCAGCGUUUGCUCCUUAAUACUGUCACAACAAGCUAUUGUGGCGGUGGUAAAACCUGCGAGCUGAGUUGUGUACUUUAUUACUUUGAUCGGUCUUCCUUUUUCUUUUCCUUAACCGUUCCGCGUCGUCCUAUUUACCCUCCUUUAUGAUAUGGAAAACUUGGCCCCAGUUGGCUUCAUGUUUCCCCCGCUACCACUUGUUCUGCUUGUUCUUUUUUCUUUUUUAUCUUUCUAACUUUACCUAGAGCAGAUGUAGUUUAUACCCCACCGUGAAUUUUAUCGAUGACAGAUGUAAAAGAGAUUUCUUUCCUCUCCUUCUUUUCCCCCUUUGCUUCGACCAUUAUCUUUUCUUGUGAUAGAUUUCACAUUUGAUCCUUCUCUCUCUUUUCUCGCACUAUUCUUCUCCUAACAUUCUGCGCUUCUCUCUAUUUUCGUCAAGAGAGACCUGGUAGUCUUAUCAUUAUAGCUGAAGCGCUUAGUUAAAAGAAAUGAUUAAAUAGGCCUGGUUACAUAUCACAUUGCGGUAUCUGAGUUGAGGAUAUUAGAUACGAGAGUUGAGUUUUCAAGUUGAUUUAGGAAGGAGGAUUUUGGGCUGUCUAAGUGGGAGAUUUCACUCUUUUCUCUUCUUUCCCCCUUUUCCCAGAGUACAAUCACGUAUAUAGUUACCUGUCUAUCUUAUAUUCUUGCACUUUUUCAAGUUUCCGGUUGAAAUAUUUGCAGGUUAUCUUCUUCACAUUCAUCCCACACCACCCAAAUAUUUCAGGAUGUUUUUUCAUGGCUGCUAGAUCAACUAGACCAGACAACACAGUGGCGGCAAGUAUUCUCACCACCUUCAUGUCACAUGGCAAUUCCUCCAAAGUGUCCGGAAGCAACCCCCCAGAGCCCGCCUCUUUUACCUAUUUGAGGAGAUACCGAUUGACAAGCUGGCCGCAAGCGUAGGGUAGGGUAGCCAGAGAUUUCCAUUUAUCUAUUGACAUGUUUAUAUUUGCGAAAGUUGCUGGUUACCAAUAUAUAUAUGCCCCUGGUGCUUUGGUUUUGCUUGAGCGGGUGAAUAGAAUGAAUGUCUCGCAUCGCCCUCCGUUUACGAUGCGUCCGUUGAAUUCGUCCCAUUAUUAGCACAAUCUAUCUCCAUAUGAAUUUUUUUUCUUUUC